AUGACCUUUACCAAAGCUCUUGUACCGCUUGCGCUCUUCCUUGCCAAGGCGCAAGCUGAUGCAUUCUCAUCAUGCUCCAAGGACUUGCCGCUUUCUUGCCACAACACGACUGCCGUUGAGAACACCUGCUGCUUCGUCCCCGCCGGCCAGCUCCUCCAAACUCAAUUCUGGGACUCUAGCCCCGCUGCCGGACCUUCAGAUUCAUGGACCAUUCACGGUCUCUGGCCUGACUACUGUGAUGGCACAUACCCUCAGUUCUGUGACAAGAGCCGCGAGUACACAGACAUCAAGUCCAUCGUGUCCAAGUUCCUCGGCAACUCGACACUCUCGUACAUGGACAAGUACUGGGUUAGCCAGGACGGCAACGAUGAGUCCCUGUGGGAGCACGAGUUCAACAAGCACGGCACUUGCAUCAGCACCCUUGAGCCCAGCUGCUACAGCGACUACCAGACCGGCGAGGAAGCAGCCGAUUACGUCAAGAAAACCAUUUCGCUUUACAAGACUCUGCCUACGUACAAGUGGCUCGCUGAGGCGGGCAUCGAACCAUCCACCGACAAGACGUUCACCGCAAGCGAGAUCGAGGAUGCACUUGCAUCGCAGCACGGCGCCCGUGUUACCAUCGGGUGCCAGGGUAGCACUCUGAGUGAGGUUUGGUACCAUUUCAACGUGCAGGGCUCGGUCCAGGAGGGUCAGUUUGUGGCUACCGAGCCUGAUGGUGGCAAGAGUUCUUGCCCAGACAGCGGUAUCAAAUAUGCACCAAAGAACUAA